UUUAUUUAUUUUUAUGUGGUGCUGAUGCUCGAGCACAGUGCCUCACACAUGCUAGGUGAGCAUCCACCACUGAGCCACAGACCCAGCCCAACUGGCUGCUUCUUCACCCCUGGAAAUGGUGUAAGGCCCUCUGGGGAGGAGCUGCCCACAAGUCCUUCAACCUAUCAGGAGAAAGGGUAGCCUUUGCUGGGAACCAGGAAGGAGGGCUCCCUACCAACCCCACUGUCCUUCAGGCUCUGGGUAAUUAAUUCUCUGUGACUCCAGAUGUUCAGCAGCUGUCUUGGCCAUUUCCGCCCCUUCUUCUGACCCCGCAUCCGCCAGGAAAUGUCCCCUCCUGUCCUUGGGCUCCAAGCCACCCCCACCUUCCCUGCACCCCAUUUCCUGAGCAGAGGCAUUUGUGUAGACUUGGCUCCCCUUCUGCAGGGUGGCAUCAGUGUUCCUAAGACUAGGGCACGGCUCCCUGAGUCCAGGGCUGUGGUGGUCUGUUCCCACUGAGCAGCACACUCUCUGCCAGGGCUCUGAUCCUGGCUCUGCCCCUCUGGCCUCUGGGGCUUGUUUUCUCACUCUCCUUUUCUUCCUUCUCCAAGGUUGGCUCUGCCGACUUAACAGCAUAAAUCAAGGGCCUCCAGGGAGGCUAACAGAACUGGCCAGGGAGGAAGCAUUGCCUCAGUGGGGGAGGGUGGAGGUCCAGGACUAGCAAACCCCAUGGGGGUGGGAUGCAUGUUAAGAUGACUGCCUGUAGGGUAACCAAAGGGGAUUCCAUCAGCCCAAGUGCAGGGACAGAACCCCCCAGCCCUGCUGCACUUCCCUGAGCAGAGGGGGUGGGGAACAGAAGGUCACUCCUGCCACAGCUGGUCCAGGCCAGGGGGCUCUUCUGGAGAGGGGACUGCUCCCUUCCUGUCACAUGCUUUCCUGUAUCACCAGAGCUGAUGGUUCUGGGGCACUUGGGCUUCUGUGGGCUGGUGGGGUCAAGGGCCAGGCCAGAGAAGGCAUGGAGUCCCUGAGGACUAGCGGCUCCAGUCUGCUGACCUCUGCUCUCCAGAAUCCGGUCUCUGAUCUCCCCCCUCCUCUAAGGGCAGGUGGGCCUGGCUGGGAAAAAAAGCCUCCAUUUCCAAAGAAUUCUCAGAGCAGAUGAAGCAGGGAGAGUGCCCCCAGGAGGACAAAGCCUCUCCAGGGUUAUCUUUUCCCAGGAAUCAGAACCAAAUGUAGUAUCUGCACUUGUGGCACACGCCUGUAACCCCAGUGACUUGGGAGGCCAAGGAAGGAGGAUUGAAAGUUCAAAGCCAGCCUCAGCAACUUAGGAAUGCCAUAAGCAACUUUGUGAGACUAACCCUGUCUCAAAAAAAUAAAUAUCACCCCCCCCCAAAAAAAAAAAAAAAGCAGAACACCCUCUUAUACUUUUUUUUUUUUUUUGUACUGGGGAUUGAACUCAGGGAUAUUUAACCACUGAGCCACAUCCUCAGCCUUUUUUAUUUUUUAUUUAGAGACAGGGUCUCACUAAGUUUCUCAGGGCCUCACUAAGUUGAUGAGCCUGGCUUUGAACUAGUAAUCCUCCUGCCUUAGCUUCUCCAGGUUGCAAUGGGCAAAAGGUGCAACUUAUGCAGUAGAGGGGGAAAAAUAAAGAAUGUCCAAGCACUUCUGCUCUUUUCAUUGCUUUACUCACUCAAAUCACUCAAUACAAUUUCACUCUAUAGGUUCUUUUUAAAAAAAAUAUAUUUUUUUUGUUUUAGGGGGACACAAUAUCUUUGUUUUACAUUUAUGUGGUGCUGAGGAUCGAACCCAGUGCCUCGUGCAUGCUAGGUGAGCACUCUACCACUGAGCCACAACCCCAGCCCCUCACUCUAUAGGUUCUUAAUUAAGAAAAUGACAAUCCUUAAUGCUGAGCACUGCAAUAGACAUAAUCAAUUCACAGCAAACAAUUCUAAAUUAAUUCUAAGCACUGAAAACACACUUAAUCAUGACAGGCUAAGGACAGACAUUCCCUCUGCAUGCUAAGCUCAAGUGUCAGAUCAGAAGUCUCCAGCCUUAGGCUCUGAGUCCAGCAGAUGCACACUCACUCAGACCACGGUGAUCAGGUCAGGAGCCAAGGCAGGCUUCUCCUGGGGUGGGGCUGACAGCCGGCUGAGGAGAGGGUCAUAGAGAGAAGUCGUGGCUCUCACCAGGGUCAAGGUGUGGCCACAGAGUUUGAGAGCAGUGAGGAAGGUGCAGAGGAUCAGCAGAUGAUAAGAAUUGGGAUGUCAGUCUAGGUCCUCAUCAGGCUCUCCAGCAUGGGGGCAUCAGUGUCAGCUGGCUGAAUGUCUGUUCAUUUGCUCUAUCAUUUAUACUAAAUUUGGGGGCUUCUGACCACCCUUUCAAUCCCUAUCAGCUGCCACAGAUUUAUCAGUGAUAUUAUUUGCCUUUGGUCCCCACUCUGAUUUUCUUGUCUCUCUCCCUUAUUGGGGAGAGGACAACAUGCCAGAGACUUCACUCUGAGUUUGUCAGGAUGGGGAGAAGUGACUUCUUUAUGUCAGGCUAAGCCUGAUGAUCAUAUUGGAGGGCUCCGUAGGCAUGCCUAGUGAGACUGCAGGUUUCAAAGUGAAGUUUUUAUAAUUGCAUUGCUUAGGCUAAGGCCUAACACCAUCCUUAUACCCAGCUACUGGGAUCAUAGGCAUGUGCCACCAGGCCUGGCUUGUACUUGAAUUUCAAACAAACAAUUUUUAAAUACAGAUGCUCUUUGACUUAUUAUGGGGUUAUAUCCUGUUUAACCUAUCAUAAGUUGCAAAUAUUGUAAGCAAAAAGUUCAUUUAAAGCCAGGUGUGAUGACACACAUCUAUAAUUCCAACAACUGGAGAAGCUGCCUCAAAAUAAAAUAAAAAAGGCUGGGGAUGUGGCUCAGUGGUAGAGCACCCCUAGGUUCAAUUCCUAGUACUGAAAAAGGAAAAAAAAGUAUAUAAUACACCUAACCUGCAGGUCAUAGCUUAGUCUAGCCUAUCUUAGAUGUGCUCAGAACACUUAUAUUAAACAACAGCUGGACAAACCAUCUAACAGGAAAUCUAUUUUAUUUUACUUUGCAGUACUGGGGUUUGAACCCAGUGUGCUCUACCACUGAGCUACAUCCCCAGUCCUUUUUACUUUGAGACAAGUUCUUGCUAAGCUGCUGACUGGCCUAGAACUUGUGUCCUCCUGCCUAAGCCUCCUGAGUCCCUGGGAUUCCAGGACACACCACUUGACUGACUACAAAGCUAUUUCAUAGUGAAGUCUUGAAAUCUCAUGUACCAAGAGUGAAAACAAUAGUUUAAUGGGUACACUUCUAUGUCCACUGUGAGGUCAGGGAUUGCAAUACUUGGAACAUACUCAUAAAGUAUUUGCUGCUUAUCUGAAAUUCAACUUUAACUAUAUAUUCUGUACUUAUUGGAAACCCCGAGUGUGUGUGUGUGUGUGGGGGGAUCAACUAAUCCUUGUCCCAUCUGCAGCUCCUACAGACAGCAGCAUCCCUUAGCUGAUCCCAAAGCCAGAGGGGGCUAUUUAGACCAGGUGGUUUUCCAACCCAACCUAGAGCAGGGGAGUCAGAGGGGGCUCUUGAGCCCCUGAAUCUCUCUUCCCCAAAGCCUGGUGUCUCAGGCUAGCCUGAUUCUCAGGCUCUGAAGUCUGUUUGGGUUUUCCUGGUUCUGCAUUUUUGUUUCUGAUCUUGGAAAUUAUUAAAUGAGUCUCCUGAAUGGUGCCCAACUGGUGGCCUCUACAUCUGCCCCUUGACCCUCAAGUGGGUUGGCCCUCUCCAGUGUAUGAGAAAAAGUCUUGAGAACCACCAGAGCCCUCAAGAAAAGAGGAAGGUACAGCUUGUGGAGUGGUCUGAAGGGAAGGGGCGGCUCAACCAGGGACUGGAAAAGAGGAACCCAGCCUGGCAGGACCCACCUGGGGAAGGUCUUUGCUGCUGCUGAUGCCAGUAAAAAGAGGAUCCAGAGGAGGUGGGGGAGGGGAGUUUCCAGCCUGCCCACACUCUCUUUCCUGACAAGGAACGGGAACAGCGGCAGGAGCUGCAGGCCAGGAGUAAAUUCUGCCUCCUUGCUCCAGCAGCAGCCCUGUUUGACCUGGUCCUUGAGGGGAGGUAUACACCAGGGGACCCCAGGGGGUGGGUUAUCCCCAAUAACCUUGGAGGUGUCCAUUUGUGGUCAUCUUCGGUUAAGAAAGAGGGAGGUGCUGGGGCAGGACCUGCCGAGGGCGUGGCUGCGAGAUCUCGAGGUGUCAGCCUCAGGGCGGGGCAAAACUUGAGGUUCACACAUCGGAACCUUUGUGUGCCCGUCACUCUAGUAUCACCUCUUCCCUCAGCAACAGUGACUCACAAAGCUGGUCUGUGCCGGGUGGAUGCAGCCUCCCCAUGGUCCUGGAAGGUCUAGGUCACAAAGGCCAUUAGGGUCUAUCCAGAGGAGGUAUGUCCAAGGCUGCCCCGCUAGGCGCUCGCCCCCGCAGCCGCCCGCUGGGCCGGGCCUGGGCCCCCCUCUGAUACUUAGCCCAGUGACUGGGCCUCGGAUAGCACAGAGCCUUGGCACCAAUGUGUGUCAUCUGCUUCGUGAAGGCGCUGGUACACGUGUUCAAGAUCUAUCUGACUGCGAACUACACCUACAACUUCCGCAACUGGCCAGUGGACUUUCGCUGGGAUGACGUGCACGGCGCAGGCAGUGGUCACCGCGCACUGACGUGUGCUGCAGCAGCAGCGGGUGUUUGGCUACUGCGCGACGCGGCACUGGGCGGGGAUGUGCAGGGGCGCCCUCCGCAUGGGGCUCGAAGCCAGACACAGUGCCUCCUACAGCAGAUCCGGGAGCUGCCAGGGCAGCUCGCCAGUUACGCGCUGGCUCACUCACUAGGCCGCUGGCUCGUGUAUCCAGGCUCCAUGUUCCUGAUGACACGCGCACUGCUGCCGCUACUACAGCAGGGCCAAGAGCGCCUCGUGGAGCGCUACCAUGGCCGGCGCGCCAAGCUGGUUGCCUGCGAUGGCAAUGAGAUAGACACCAUGUUCAUGGAUCGCCGCCAGCAACCUGGUAGCCAGGGCCAUGGCCUGCGCCUGGUCAUCUGCUGCGAAGGCAACGCGGGCUUUUAUGAGAUGGGCUGCCUGUCAGCGCCACUUGAGGCCGGCUACUCUGUGUUGGGGUGGAACCACCCUGGCUUUGGCGGCAGCACAGGGGCACCCUUCCCGCAGCACGAUGCCAACGCCAUGGAUGUGGUGGUGAAGUACGCACUGCACCGCUUGCACUUCCCGCCCAAACACGUGGUGGUCUAUGGCUGGUCUAUCGGUGGCUUUACAGCUACCUGGGCCACCAUGACUUACCCAGAGCUGGGUGCACUGGUGUUGGAUGCCACCUUUGAUGAUCUUGUGCCACUUGCCCUGAAAGUCAUGCCCCACAGCUGGAAGGGACUGGUGGUACGAACAGUGCGGGAGCACUUCAACCUCAAUGUUGCAGAGCAGCUGUGCUGCUACCCUGGCCCAGUGCUGCUGCUCCGACGAACGCAGGAUGAUGUGGUCAGCACCUCAAGCCACCUGCCCACCCUGCCACCCAGCGACGUGGGGGGCAACCGUGGUAAUGAGCUGCUUUUGCGCCUGCUGCAGCACCGAUACCCAGCUGUGAUGGAACGUGAGGGCCAGGCUGUUGUGACCCGCUGGCUUCGAGCCAGCAGCCUGGCACAGGAGGCGGCUUUCUAUGCUCGCUACCGUGUAGAUGAUGAGUGGUGCCUGGCAACACUGCGUUCUUACCGUGAUUGCUGCCAGGAGGAGCUGGAGGACCAGGACUGGGGGCCACAUGGGCCUACUUUCCCCUGGCUUGUGGGCCAAGGUCUCAGCCCACGGCGGCGCCGGCAGCUGGCACUAUUUCUGGCACGCAAGCACCUCAAGAAUGUGGAGGCGACUCACUGCAGCCCACUGGAUCCCAAGGACUUCCAGUUGCCCUGGGAACUGUAGCGCAUGGCCCCCAAGGCUGAUGCAUUUGGGUACCUGUACACCUUCCAGGCCUUAGGACCGUUCCCCUUCUACACUCCCAACCAGAGAAGGUGGUCCUGCAGGGAGUCCUGACCUGGAGUCUGGGGAGGUUGGGUAGUAUGUGUGGAUCAUGCUUACCAUUCCCUGGGGUGUUCAGACCUUCCCUCUGUUUUUCUAUACCUCCCUUUCCUCUCUCUUCCACAAACAAUUUUGGACACAUGUCCCAGUUCCCAAAAGGAAUGCAAUGGUGAACCUGACCCAAUUUAUGGCAA